UACUUUAUUCAGUCGUUGUGACGUCAUAAGUCUGCGUCGCGGUCCUGCAUCUGUUGUGAUUCGGCUGAUGAAAGAGUGUCCAAACACACAGAAGAACUCCUGGUGAGAGAUCCACGUGACACACUAUUAUCAAGAUGGCGUUUAUUAAAGAGGAGAGUGAAGACAUGAGGAUUGAAGAAACAUUCAGAGUGAAACAAGAAGAUACUGAGGAACAAACAGACCUGAUAGUACUGAAAGAAGAAAGUCAAGAACUGUUGGAAGAAAAAGAUCAGUAUGAGAAACAUCAUGAUUUCAUAACUGGAGAAAAAUCCACACCGACUGAAAAGACUUCCUCACGAAAAAGAGCUCAAAAGACUGAUGAACCUAACAGUUGUUUUACCUGCAGUCAAUGUGGAAAGAGUUUCAAUCAAAAACAAAACCUUGAAGUCCACAUGAGAAUUCACACUGGAGAGAAGCCUUUCAGCUGCCAACAAUGUGGAAAACGUUUCACUCAAAAAGGAAACCUUAAAAGCCACUUGAGAAUUCACACUGGAGAGAAGCCUUAUACCUGCCAACAGUGUGGAAAGAGCUUCACAGCAGAACCAAACCUUAGGUAUCACAUGAACAUUCACAAUGGCGUAAAGCCGUUCACAUGUGAUCAGUGUGGAAAGAGUUUUACACGUAAAGUAACCCUUAAUUACCACAUGAGAAUUCACUCAAGAGAGAACGUUUUAAUAUGUCAUCAUUGUGGAAAGUGUUUCAGUCAUAAAGUAAGCCUCAAGACUCAUAUGAGACUUCACACGGGAGAGAAGCCUUACACAUGCCUUCAUUGCGGAAUGAGUUUCACUUUUAAAGCAUCACUUGAUUCCCAUGUGGGAAGUCACACUGGACAGAGCCCUUUCAGCUGCAAAGUGUGUGGGAAGAGCUUCUCAUUAAAAGGAAAUCUAAAGACUCACAUGAGAAUUCACACUGGAGAGAAGCCUUUUAUAUGUGUUCAGUGUGGAAAAUGUUUCACACGUAAAGUAACCUUAAAUUGCCACAUGAAGAUUCACUCAAGAGAAGACUGUUAUAUAUGUCAUCAGUGUGGAAAAAGUUUCCCAGAUAUGAAAUGCCUUAACAGGCAUGUAAUAAUUCACUCUGGAGAGAAGCCUUUCAAAUGCCAGCAGUGUGGAAGGGGUUUCAAAUUCAAUAAAAAUCUUAAGGCUCACAUGAGAAUUCACAGCAGAGAGAAGCCUUUCAAAUGCCAUUCUUGUGAAAAGAGUUUCAGUCAUAAAGUAAGUCUUAAGACUCACAUGAGACUUCACACUGGAGAGAAGCCUUACACAUGCCCUCAGUGUGGAAAGAGUUUCACAUAUACUGCAACCCUUAAUGCCCAUGUGAGAAGUCACACUGGAGAGAGGCCGUUCAUAUGUGGUCAAUGUGGAAAGAGUUUCACACGUAAAGGAAACCUUAAUUACCACAUGAAGAUUCACUCAAGAGAGAACUGUUUUAUAUGUCAACAGUGUGGAAUGAGUUUUACAGACAGGAAUCACCUUAAGAAUCAUGUAAUAACUCACACCGGAGAGAAGCCUUUCAUGUGCCAUCACUGUGGAAAGAGUUGCACAAACAAAGCAAAUCUCGAGGUUCACGUAAGAGUUCACACUGGAGAGAAGCCUUUCACCUGUCCUCAGUGUGGGAAGAGUUUCACACUUAAAGGGAAUCUUAAGACUCACAUAAGAGUUCACACUGGAGAGAAGCCUUUCACGUGUCUUGAGUGUGAAAAGAGUUUCACAUAUCAAAAAGACCUGAAACGUCAUUUGCAAACACAUUCCGGAAAGAAAUUGCAGUGUUGCGAGUGCGGCAAGACAUUUGGAAAAAGUAGCAAUUUCAACAAUCACCUGCGCAUUCACUCUGGAGGAAGGAGAUUUAAUUGUGUUCAGUGUAAUAAAAAGUUUCUUUUGCCAUCACACUUACAGAUUCACCUGAAAAGUCAUGCAUAUGUGAGACCCUAUUUGUGUCCCUUGUGUGGAAAGAGUUUUAAAUGGCCCAGCAGUUUAAAAUGGCACCAGAAAAUACGGAUCUGUGUGAAAUUAAGUCUAUGUUCACCCCGUAGCAGAAUGUGGGACAAAUCUCAUUAUCCACCUCCAUGACUAUUUGCAUCCUUCACCUCUGUAUACGUUGCCUUGAGGCUUUUUAUUUUCUUUUGUCAUGUACAUAUGAACUUUUGCAGCCACACCUCACCAUCUCUUUUUCUAUAGUUUAAAAUAUUAAGUGGUUGCGGUAGGCGCCCUCUAAUUGAGACCUCGCUCCAUUCCGUAUAUUGAUAUCUCAGAAUCAAAAUAUUAAACUUCUUUCUUGCUGUGAAUUGCCACAAUAUAAAGGAAAGACUGUAAACAAAAGAACAUGAAAUAAUGAACAUUGAACCGCAUUAUUUUAGUCAUCUUAAAGGAACACUCCACUUUUUUUUUAAAAUAGGCUCAUUUUCCAACUCCCCUAGAGUUAAACAGUUGAGUUUUACCGUUUUCGAAUCCAUUCAGCCGAUCUUCGGGUCUGGCGGAACCACUUUUAGCAUAGCUUAGCAUAGUUUAUUGAAUCUGAUUAGACUGUUAGCAUCUCGCACAAAAAUGGCCAUAGAGUUUAGAUUAUUUUCCUAUUUAAAACUUGACUCUUCUGUAGUUACAUCAUGUACCAAGACCGACGGAAAAUGAAAAGUUGCGAUUUUCUAGGCCGAAAUGGCUAGGAACUACACUCUCAUUCCGGCGUAAUAAUCAAGGAACUUUGCUGCCGUAAAGUUCGGCAGGCGCAAUGAUAUUACGCAGCGCCUGUGACUCCCCUGCUUGCACAGGGAGCGUGCCUUGCAACCAUGGAGACAUUUGUGAGAGACGCUGCGUAACAUCAUUGCGCCUGCUGCACCCAUGGUACGGCAGAUCGGCUGAAUGGAUUCGAAAACAGUAAAACUCAACUGUUUAACUCUAGGGGAGUUGGAAAAUGAGCCUAUUUUCAAAAAAAGUGGAGUGUUCCUUUAUAUGAGAGAAUGCACAGGCAUAUGUUGUCAGUCUGGAAUUUAACAUGGAUAUUGUUCGGGCUCAUCUGGUGAUACUGGAAGCUAGUUCCAGCUGUGAGUUGUGUAAUUGCUAAACAUCUCUCACUUCUGAUCCUAGGUGUUUCUUAGCUGAUUAAUUAGUCAAGUUUAUUUCAUUUACAUAAUGCACACUGAUAACACAGCUUUUCAAAAGAAAUUGCUGUAAAGGCCAAAGUAUGCAUCAGAUUUAAAGCAAAUGUUUAGAGUAUCUGUACAGCCAAACUAAUGGCCUUUUAAAGUAUACUCCAUUUGAUAGCAUGCGCGAACACAGGCAGUCAACACAUGGACACUAGAAAAUUUUAUCUUUGUCCACUGUCUGCACUGUUUCUCUUUAGAAGUUAUAAGUGAUAAAAUGUCUUUGUACUUGUUUAAACUAGUGCUCAUCAACGUAGGCAUCUACUACUCCAGUAGUUUGUUGUUGUUGUUCCAUCUAUUCGGUUUCUUUUUUGAAUGUAAAACAAUGGCCUGGGCCACCUUGCCACCCUGUGGACAAACUACACUAUAAAAUUAAUAAAUUGUUUUAAAAAAAAAAGGGUCAAAUGACUGCCAAACAAACAAACAAAACAAAAAAACGUAAAAUUAAAGUUAAAAUAUCCUAAUUACAGAAAUACAGAAAUUUUCAUUAAACAUUUUACAGAAAAACACUGCUAUUUUACAGAUAUUUCCUGAAUUAUUAUGAUCAAAUGCUUUCACUGUAAAAUGGAAAUCACUUGCAGUUAACCAUUAGCUAGUAAUAUCACACAUGCAUGCUAAUGUAUAUAGACAUCACUGUGUUAGUGACUACACAGAAAGCAAAAUAUUGUCAAUGUUUUCUAGCCCAUCCUGGACUGAAGCACAGGCUCUACUCUUCACCACAAUGGUGACCAACAAAACUCAGCAACAGAAACCCUUUAAAUCCCAACAGAACAUUAAACACUAACAGAACUCUCAAGAUCUCAGCAUCUUCACUUAUUACAAUCUAGUUUGACUUUCUUUCACACAAAAGUUCUUAUUGACAAUUAACAGAGGUUUAGAUAUUGAUGUUUUAUUGAAAAUAAUAAGUUUGGAGCCACCAUUAUGGUGAUCAGUGUUUGCUUUAGUUUUUCUCUGGCUGCUGUAACUGUAUAUCUAAAGCACAUUUGGUAUGUCAAAAGAAAGUGUGAUCAGAUGAAGUUGGCUACUUCUUGGUGAUGAUAUAGUCAUCAUGUAGUGGACUGGUCUUGUCCAGAGUCUAAUCUAUGAUUAAAUUAUUUCAUAUUAUUGUUAGUUAUUAAUUUCACAUUGUUCACCAUAGCCCUAUAAUACUAAUGCAAAAAAAUCCUGCAGUUCUUUGAUUUUUUUUCAAAGAUUUUAUAAAGUCAUUAUGCAGAAAAUAUUUUUUUCAGGAUCAUGUAGACCAGGGGUGGCCAGACUCGGUCCUGGAGGGCCACUGUCCUGCAAAGUUUAGCUCCAACUUGCCUCAACACACCUGACUGAAAGUUUCUAGUAUGCCUAGUAGUCUUUGAUUAGCUGGUUCAGGUGUGUUUAAUUGGGGUUGUUCCUGAACUCUGUGGAUGGUGGCCCUCCAGGAGCAGGAUUGUACACCCCUGAUGUAGACACACAGACAUCAAGAAUCAGUGUAUGAAUCUCAACAUUGGUGACAAUCGAAAUAUUCAGAUAAAAAGAUCAUCUCUGAACAUCGCUAAAAAGCUUUUUGUUGAUUGUCACCAUUGUUGAGAAUCAUAUGCUGUUUCUUGAUGUCUCAGUGCAUCUAAAAUACACAGCUAAAAACAUUUUCUUUUUAAAGACUUCUGAAUAUCUGAUUGCCAUAACACUGAUGCCAUAAUAUCACAAGGCUGUUGUAAAUAAUGUGAAAUUAACAGCUAAUAUACUUUAGGUGAUAUCAGUGAAUCAGGCCACUACAUGAUUGACUAUAUCAUCACAAAUAAGUAGCCAACUUCAUCUGAUCAGAUUUUGCAUUUUUUGCCAUAACACAUGUGCUUUAGAAACACACAAUCAAGAGCCCAGCGAAAGCAAACACUGAUCACAAUAACGGCGAUCUAGUCCAUCUAAACCUUUUUUAAUUCUCAGUAACAACUUUGGUAUUAAAUAAAUAAAGUCAAACUGGAUUGUAAUAAGUGAAGAUGCUGAGAUCUCGAGAGAUGUUUGUCUUUAAUGUUCUGUUGCUGCCAGCAGAGGCAUCAUGCCAAAUGGAGGGGGCACCUCAGAUUUUUGAGCCAAAUAAAUUUGAAUGCAGCUUCCAAAAGACAAAAAAUAAUAUUUUUACAUUUGAUAAUUAAUCCUUUGAAGCGUAUGAUCAUGUUAUGUGAUCACAUUAUGUACAAUGUGUGUCACGUUAUCAACUGCUAAAUUCAAAUCUGCGUUCAUGCUUUGGCUGGUGCCGAGCCAGAGACGGACGUGUCAGUGUGGAAAAAGUUUCCCAGACCGUGAUAUAUGGUUGUGUUUUCAACCAUAUAAUGUUUAUUUUAUGUUUCUGACAAUUAAAUACAGAUAAGUAAGUAGCAAAAAACAUUAAUAGUUUGCAAAAUAUACACAUACAUGUCUAUGGAUGCGGCAAUAAUCCUUUAAAAUUUAAUUUGACAAGGUGUUUUAUUGACAUCCCAUCUAUACACAUUAUGUAGGUAACUAUAAAGUUUACUUUAAUCUUAGAAUAUUGUAGGUACAAAAUGAAUAGUGCUCCAAAGUUGUUGAAUAUCUUAGUUUUGAAUAUGUCACACAGCCAUAGGUGAUUCGUGUAGAACCAUUGUCUGCCUUGCAGUGUCAGUACUUGUAUGCUUUAAAUGAGUUUGUUUCUAUAACCUACAAAAUGCAUGGAAGACUGAAUCAAUGCAGGAUGUAUAGUCCUAAUAAUCUUAAUAUUCUGGAAUAGCGACAAUAAAUGCGUUAAUAAUGUAUGUUCUCACUUCAAUAAUUCAAAAGUAUAAAUGGAUAUGAUGACUCUGCAGUAAUUAUUACUGUGAAAGCUAAAGUAAAGUUUUAUUGUAGUGAGAAUAAAAAGCUUGAGUGAGAAAAAAGCUGCUGCAUCGGCAGAUAUGCAUAUAUCCGCACAGUGAUGACAUAGACAGAAGGGAUAAGACAAAACACCCCCCAUAACAGCAUAUCUCUAUCGCCAAGGCAUAUGUACUGUUUUUUUUCUUUCUUUUCUUUACAUGGGACCACAUGUUUUACUAUCUAUGUGUGCCUUGGCUACUUUGCCAACCGGCUUAAUACUAGUGACCUAAGGCUAUGUGUGUCUGGGCUUCCUUGCCGACAGACUUAGCACUAGAAACGCAUGUUAUGUGUUCUCGUGAACAAUAUAUAUAACGUUGCAAGCUAAUAGAGAUAAGAAACCCAGCAACCACCUGAGCAAGUAUCAUCAAUUAAGUCAUUUGAUAAUGAUUACAUAACCCUUAUACUCUUAUUUGAUAAAUAAAAAAACAUUAGGAGCUAUAAUGAAUGACAGGUAUGACGUGCUCUGAUUCUGCAUCAACAUGUUAAGCAUAGCUAAUGAAAAUGCAUACCCUUGAAAUAAAAGAACAUGUAAUUAUUUUAUGCAGCUAAACAUAACCCUGUUGAAUGUGAAUGUUUAUUUUACUUUAACCUUGUUAUAGCUUAGCAUAUACGCACAGAGAUACAAUAGACCAUUUUCUGCUGCAUAGACAAACUGUAUAACGCUCCAGCUUAUGCUUAGUAAAUCACUCCACAAGACUAUAAAUAUGUUUAGUUUAACUUAGUUUAGUUUAACUGUAUUGAUUGUUUUUAGCGUGACUCAGACACAAUGAAUCAACCACACAUACAGUGGCAAGUAAAAGUAUGUGAACCACUUGCAAAAUCUGUGAAAAUGUGCAAAAUUUUAACAAAAUAAGAAAGAUCAUACAAAAUGCAUGUUAUUUUUUAUUUAGUACUGUCCUGAGUAAGA